AUGUCCGUUUUGGAGGAGAACCCAGGUAUGAAAAUGGACUGUGAAGACUGGGAAACAGAUGAACCUCAGUGCUCUUCAGAAGACCCACUCAGAGAUGCCUUGGAGACAGGCCCCAGCCUCACCUCCAUGAAUUCUGCCCAUGCAGGUCCAAGAGUGAAGGCCAAGGGCCCGGAGAAAUUCACCAUCCAUGACAGGGAUCACAAAGUUUUGGUCCUGGACUCUGAGACCCUCAGAGCAGUUCUGAAUAAGACCUACAUACUCCCAGAAACCUUCUUUGUAUUAGCCUCCCGUGUGAAGUCAGCUUGUGAGAACAAAGGAAGCCCCAUUCUCCUGGCUGUCUCAAAAGGCGAGCUCUGUCUCUGCUGUGACACGAAGAAAGGGCAAAGCCAGCCAUCCCUGCAGCUGAAGAAGAAGAAACUUUCCAACCUGGCUGCCCAGAAGAAACCGACAUGUCUGCCCUUCAUCUUUUAUCGGAAUAAAGUGGGCUCUUGGAAUACCUUAGAGUCGGCUGCCCACCCUGGAUGGUUCGUCUGCACCUCCCACCAUCCUGGGGAACCAGUUGGAAUGACAAAAAGUCGCGGAAGAAGGAAACACACUGAGUUUUCAUUUCGGCACAUCUGCAAUGCUGAAAUGAGCCCCAGCGAAGUCAGCGAAUAA